GCCGCGUUUGUGUCGUGCAGGAGCGUUUUCGCGUGCUGGAAUUUUGUAAAGGAAAAUAAACCCCGAAGGGAGUACGGCAAACGGGCGGCGAAGAUUCAACAGUGCACAGUCCGGUAGUGCCGAGGAAACGGUGAAAUUGAACGGUGAACGGAAGGCGCAAAGCAGAUCAAACAUGUCCGGACCAUCGUCGUUAGUUGGUUCGGAUGAGGAGGAGCAAACCAAUUACCACGCACCGGAUGAGACCGGUCUAACGAAAUCACAAAAGGUGGCCCUGGUCGCGGCCUGGAGUAUCGUCAAGAAGGAUCUGGUAACGCAUGGACGUAAUAUAUUCGUGAUGUUCUUUGAAGAGUAUCCACAGUAUUUGGACUAUUUUGACUUUGCCACCGGCAGUGUGGGUGAGCUCUGGGAGAACAGAUCCCUCCAUGCGCAUGCACUGAACGUGAUGAACUUUAUCGGCACACUCAUCGACUACGGACUUAAUGAUCCUGCCCUGCUCAAGUGUAGCCUGGCGAAGCUGGUACGGAAUCAUCGGAAGCGUAACGUUACCAAGGAAGAUGUCGGUGCUGUCGGAGGGGUUAUAAUGCGUUACUGCUUGAAGGCACUGGAACAACAUCGAACGAAAACGCUAGAGGAAGCGUUCGGCGCAUUCCUGGGCACUGUUGCGGCCGCGUUUGAGUGAGCAACGGAUCCGUGUGUUCAAAGUCAUCAGCCUUUGUGUUACCAUUGACAUCACCAGUCACCAGUCACCAUCAUCAUCAUCCACUAAUAACUACAACAGCGAAUCGAGAGGCUCUAACGCGAUCAACGAGGCUAACAAAACCGUUGGCGAACAAUUAUCUUGAUCAUCAAGGGGUAGUACGCUGGUGUUCAACGCUUUAGCAUCACGUCCAUCAGCGCUGCAGCUGAUGGGUGCGCGAUGAUGAAGCACAUCGGUCAGCGACCCAUUGCUCUCUAGCAAAACAUUCCUACGUGAGACGUGCGGCUUUUUAUGAUCAGCGAAGAAUAAAA